AUGAGUGUUGCUGUAGAUGAGGAUAAGCGUGGCGAAUCGGCCACAAGCAAAGUACCGAUUGCCGCGGUUUUUCGUUCAUCGACGAUGGGAGAUGCGGCCAGAUGCGGCAAUGCCUUCUCCUGUGCAAUGAGAACCAGGACGGCGUACAGAAGCAUCAAAUGCGACCGCCCGGGAGCGGAAACACGAGUGGCUAAUAUUCACCAUUCUCAACAGGGAACAUGGUAA